AGCUGGUUGCUCCAUUUUUUUGGUCAAGAUUGCUGACUUCUGGUUUCUUCUGAAGCAUGUGUAUAGGAGAGAAAGAAAGGUCGAAGGCAAGCAAGGAAGACCUGCCUGUGGCAGUUGCGGUUGUCAGUACUAUAAUUAGUCUUUUCCCACGAAUGUUUGGUGCGCAUGCGCUUCUUCAAUCGCGACCUUCAUCUUUCUUUUCCGCACCGUCAGCAACGAAACAUAUCCCGCUGGCAGACGGAUCGUCCAAUCAGAAUGCGAAAUGUGUGCCGCUCUGUCCAAUGGGAGCCGAAGCUUGCUUUCGCGCGCGCCGUUUGCGGCUGAGCGAGCGGCCAAUGGGGGCACCGGGGGCGGGAGGCGAAGUGGCGGCGGCGGCGAGAUUGCGGGGCUGUCGCGAGGGAGCGGGAGGCGCGGACGCUUGCGGGGAGGCCGAGAAGAGCCGGGGCGAAAUGGCCCAAGAGGCGAUGGACGUGGACCUCGCGCCGGCGGCCGAAGAGCCGCAGCAGCCCGCCGCCGCCCGCUCACAAGAGCCGGCCCAGCAAGCCUCGACGUCGGGGAUUGCUCGCCCGUCGUGGGGCGCCUUCGUCGGGGAGCGGGAACCGCGGAGGCCGCCUCGAGCCAGGAGGAACCCGCCUCGGCACCAGCAGGGGCCGCGCGCCGCCUCUUCCUCCUCCGCCUCCUCCCAACGGGCAGGCGGAGCCAGGUCAACAGCGCCAUUAGACAGUUAUUUCCAGAUCAACAGGACCCAAGCAGCAUCAGCAUCACACCUCCUAGCAGGCCACAGUGGAAACAGUUCAGAUGAGACUGUGGUUGUAAGUGACUCUGAGAGCAACAGCAGCAGCUCUGCUGAGGAGGAAGAAGAGACAGCAGGAGCCCUUGAGGCACCUGGACCAGCCAACUUGGGAGUCUCUGACCCAACCCAAAUGGAGCCUCCUGGAGAGGAUUCUGGUGAGCCAGAGCACGCUGUCCCUAGAGGCACCACUGCUCAGGAGAGGAAGACAACUCCGUUAAAAAGAACCAACCUUGCAGCACCUCUGGUUCCCCUGGGAGAGGAGGAGGAGAGUGGCGAUACCUGUGCCAUCUGCUUUGAAGAGUGGACAAAUGCUGGGGAACACCGUCUUUCUGCUCUGCGGUGUGGGCAUCUCUUUGGCUACAGCUGCAUUGAAAGGUGGCUGAAGGGGCAGGCAGGCAAAUGCCCACAGUGUAAUAAGAAAUCCAAGCGCUCAGACAUAGUAGUCCUUUAUGCCCGUACUUUGAAAGCGCUGGACACCAGUGAACAGGAAAACAUGAAAAGCUCCUUAGAAAAGGAGCAAAUGCUGCGAAGGAAGGCAGAGCUGGAAUCAGCACAGAGCCGCCUCCAGGUGCAGGUCCUGACAGAUGAAUGUAGUAAACUUCGGCAGCAAGUUCAGGAACUGAAAGCCCUGAUGGCCCGGCACAACCCCUCUUCCUCUCAGCAGCUCAGCAACUCUCGCUCUUGCUUCCCAGGCUGCCUCUCCUCCAGCCAUGGCCAGCACAAGUACCAUUUUGAGAGGGCCACUCUAGUGUCUCAGGUGGGCAACUGUCGGGUUAUGGCAUACUGCGAUCCGCUGAGCUGCCUUGUGGUGUCACAGCCAUCUCCACAAAGCACCCUCAUUCCUGGCUGUGGAAUUAAGAUGAUGAGUGCUGUCAACUCAAAGAGCAGCCAAUAUGUCCCCAUCCACAGCAAGCAGAUCCGGGGCCUCGCUUUCAGCAACCGUGCAGAUGGCUUGCUCUUAUCUGCUGCUUUAGACCAUACCCUCAAGCUUACAAGCUUAGCAACAAACACCGUUGUGCAGACAUACAACACUGGUCGCCCUGUCUGGAGCUGCUGCUGGUGCCUGGAUGACACAAAUUAUGUCUAUGCUGGAUUGGUCAAUGGCUCCGUCUUGGUAUAUGACCUGCGGGAUACAAGUUCUCAUGUCCAAGAGCUUGCUCCUCAGAAGUCCAGGUGCCCUGUGGUGUCCUUGUCUUACCUUCCUCGAAUGGCCUCUGCCUCGCUGCCCUAUGGUGGACUAGUGUCUGGGACCCUAGAAGGAGCCUGCUUUUGGGAACAGAAGGCCAGUGACUCCUACCGGCCUCAUCACCUCCUCCUAGAGCCUGGAGGUUGCAUUGACCUUCAGACAGAGGCCAGCACACGGCACUGCCUGGCGACAUUCAGGCCCAAUAGGAACAACAACUGUUUACGGUGUGUGGUGAUGGAGUUGACCUCUACUCAGCUGACCGAUGGGGUUGAUGAUGUGGUCUGCUCAUGUCGUCCAGUUCAGACUCUUACUGGGGGCCCAACAUGCAAACUCCUGACCAAAAAUGCCAUCUUCCAGAGUCCUGAAGAUGACGGCAGCAUUCUUGUGUGUGCUGGGGAUGAAGCAUCAAAUUCUGCCAUGGCAAAAUCUUCCAGUGCAGUGCUACAUUGAGGCUUGCACUGCCAGAUCAGCAACUGCAAAGUCUGAGAUACAAAUGUCUGCUCCUCUAAAGUGCCAAAUAACAGGUAGGGAGCGUCCCGGAAUUUGGAUUAGUGGAUCCAAUAUCUUGGGGAAAUUAGCCCUUUGUAACUGAUACUAGAUUGGGAUGCUUUUGUAUAGUAAGCUAAUUUACCGGACUCUGGGAACAACUGGUUGGGAACAACUGUGAAACUAUUUGCUAAAAGCUGACUGUGUAGUCUCUAAUCUAAAUGGCAGAGUGAACUCCUAUGCAUUAUCUAAGGUUGAAAGGCAGGAGCAGCCUGCAUGGCGGGGCAGUGUUACAGAGCCAUCCCCCAAUAUAGGUGUUGCUGCCAUAUAUCUAGGUGGUAGGGCGUGGUAGCACUGAGAUUAGGACCGUGCCGGUGUACUGGUUGAGCCAACUUGGUGCUCCUGCUGGUGUGCCUGUGCAACCCCAACCUUUCUGCUGACCUGUCUGCCCCUACAGUCAAGCCGAUGGUGGGAGGGCAGCUCUGUGGCACUGCUGUGCUGGCCGCUCCUAGUAAGCAAAAUACUUAAGCUGCUUAUGAAGUCUACAUUGGGCUAGCUGUUAUCCUUUUGCUGUGAACUCUAGGAUAGAGUAACAUCUUUUAAUCAAGAAGCAGUUACUUUUAACAUAACAUAUUGUGAUUGUGUUCCAUGUUCUCACUCUGGCAACACAAUUAGACCUUUGAAAUGAUCUGUAUAAUAAAAUACAUUUUUGUAUCAGACACUUGCUAGGAUCCAUUUGAGGUUAUAUUGACUGCAUCAUAGAUUGUUCUGGUGUAUGCUGCAGCCAACACUAAAAUAGCAGUACUCAAAACGUGGUGGACUUUGCGAAGCAGUGAUAUAAGGUUAAAUUCUUUUACAAGUGUGAGUAAAUGUUAAAGAAUCCUCCUUUAUCCCAAAGGGAAAUGUGACAACUUAGCAAAGAAGCUUAGGCACGUCUCUGUAUAGUUUAUCUUACAGUACAGUGGUCUACAUGUGUACACAAAAGUAGGUCUCUUUGUGUUUAAGGGGCUCAGCUCCAGGUAAGUGGGUACAGGGUGGCAGCCUAGGCUUUGGUUUAGGGUUGGCAUCGGAGAAAACAGGGUUCUUAUGCAAUGGCAGGCAGAAAUUCAAUAGGUCAAGUCUUUUCUAGCAUGGAAAUCCAAUGAUGGGGAAAGCUUCACUGGCUGCUCUCUAAUUUUGUGCUUUUGCCCCACUCCCAUGGCAGCCAUUUCGUGACUGGUGUCCCCAGCACUCUUUCAAAAUUUGAAAUGUCCCCUUUCGCCCAGAAAGGUUGGCCACCCCUGGCUUACAGAACAGAGUAUUAAACAAGAGCAAACUUCCAGAAUAAUAUAAAUGUUUAAUCUCUUGCAGCACAAACAAAAAAGGUCUUGUAGCACUUUAGAAGUAACAUUUAUUAUGGCAGAGUAUUUCAUGAACUAGUGUCUACUUCAUUAAAUCCAUAUUGAUGGUAUAGAGGAAAAGGUUAAAUGUAGAUAGACCAGUUUAAAUUCUCACUUAGCCAAUAAGCUAUUAGGGCAGGCAGAGAUGGACUCAGCCUAACCUACCUCACUGGUUGCUCUUAAUUCCAGGUCCCACGUACAAGUUAAGAGGCCAGAGCAGAUAGAUUGAUCCUUCCUAUUGGGAUUGUUUUUAACGUAGUUGUGACUGAGCACUCUGCCCCAUGUCCAUUCUGGCAACCCAAUAAUAAUAGAACCUAAUAAUAUCAUUAACAACAUCAGGGUUUCAUUCAUCUGCUCCCCUUCUAAUUUGAUUUAUGCCUUCAUCUGCCAACAAUGCCCUUCUGCAUUCUACAUUGAAUGCAUUCUAGGGGUGUUUCUGGAUCCAACUCUGUCACUGGAGGCCCAGGGUAGUCCCAGUGGCUAGAAGUACCCUUUAUCAUCUGUGCUUAGUAAGACAACUAUGACCGUUCCUGGACCGGCAGAGUCUGACCGUAAUAGUUCAGGCAUUGGUGACUUCAAGACUGAAUUACUGCAGUGCACUCUAUGUGGGGCUUCCCUUGCACUUGAUCCAAAAACUGCAGUUAAUACAGAAUGCUGCAGCCAAAUUACUGACCAGUGAGACCCUGUCAGCCUAUAAACCUCUGCUCAGGGAUCUGCACUGGUUGUUGACUUGCUACCAGGCCAAGUUCAAGGUGUUACUAUUGGCAUGUAAAGCUCUUGACAGCUCGGGACCAGUGUAGCUGCGGGAUCACCUCACCCCAUAUGUGCCCACUUGAGCACUUUGAUCUGAGGAAUGGGCACUGUUACAAGUGUCACAUAAUAUCCAUUCUCCUCUAAGAAAUCAUUUAGCAUGGCAACACAAGCUGGAGCUCCCUUCCUAUUGACAUCAGGCUGGUGCCUUCACUGUAUUCUUUUUGGCACCUGUUUAGGCAAGUCUAUCCAGAUGCAUAGAUACUGAUGUGUUUCAAUUUUUUUUGCCUGUGCUUUUUUAAUUUGUGUUAAAUGUUUUUA